CUCAUUAUCGGCCAUAUUCGUUUUGAUUUCGUCGUCGUCGUCGUCGUCGCCGUCGUCGUAUUUGUGCUCCGCGUAGAGUUGUGCAUUAUUGCUGGGACAAAUAGUUAAUUUCCAACAUAAAAAAGUGGUGCGUUUCAAUUGCGAACUGGUUUACCCGUCCCGUGCGUGCAGUGCACUUGGCAGCAGCAGCAGAAACUCGACCAGAAAACAGUGCGAACAUUUUCGGUGUGUUGAGAGUUUUGUGUGUGUGUGGAAUCGAACGAAGCAAGAAGCAGCAGCAGCAGUGGUGGUGCAGACCAAAGCGAACGCAGCAAAGGAGAAAAAUACACUUUUAUUCUACGCGUUUCGCUGACGGGUCGGAAUUUCUUCGCAGUUCUUUGACGCACUGCAUUGUCCCGGACAGCAGCCAUCAUCCCCCUCCCUCCCUCCGAACAGCAGGAUUUGCAUCCAUCGAAGCUUUGCCUUGGACACGGCUGUGGGUUGUGUGAGUUUUGCAAAACACACCCCCUCCCACUGUGGACAGACGGACCAACGACGGAGAGAGAGAAAGAGAGAAGGAAAAACACGCAGCAGUGAGAUAGAUGCUGCCCUGAAACGGAAGGUUGCUGAUUUUUAUUACCAAAACAACAGCAAAACUCGCCCCUCCGGACCGCCGGAGCUGACCGACAGCGGGACGGUAGUGGCGGGCUAGUGGUGGUGGUAGUGCGAGUAAGAAAAUAUCCUUGCGCUUCUUCGCUCAUCUCAUUACCUCAUCCUCAACGUGUGUGUGUGUGUGCGCGCGUGAACCGCAGUGUGUUGGUGGUGUGUGGUGCACGCACAUUCUCUGCGUUUUGCACCCCCAUCCCCUCUUCUCCAUGGAGCACAAAUUGCGCAAGUAGCGACAGAGAGUGAUCGGUGCGUGUGUGAGUGUGUGUGUUUUUGUUUGUUGGUGUGUGCUACCUCCUCUACGUGCGUUUCAUGGAUGCGUUGGUGAGCCACAAACAAACCCUCUGAGUGCGACGACGAACAAAAUACUACGAACUACCUACGAGAAGACGGCUGGGAGGCAGUGUCCCUCGAGCGAGAGAAGCUUUUUAGUGUAUCCAUUUAAUUGCACCCCUCCCCUCACCCCUCCGCUUACAUCCCUCGAAAGUGCGGCCCAGCGCCCAGCCCAGCAGGUAGUACUGCAGGUGAAACAAAGUAGGCUGAGUGUGUAAUUAUUUAUCCGAUAUAGCCCUGCCCCCUCCCGGCCUUACAUAGCCCAUAGCAUAGCAAGCGGCACGCACACAGCGAAGCGAGCAGACUGCGUGUGCGUGUGUGUGUGUGUGCGUGAGCCUGUUCACCAUUGCGUUAUGUUUGGUGCGCCCCUAGGCCCGUGCGACGCUGGCGCUGCCGUGAAGGGACGGCGGUGGUGAAAACACACACAUUUGUCCGGGCGGGCGGGCGGGCGGUGGCGCAUGUGAUCACAUGUGAUCACACGCCAGGCGAAAAAUGUGCUGCUCGACGCGCAUGAUAAUGAUGGAAAUGACGCUCGGGGCAGGACGCCGCUACGACGAGCAGUGGAAGCUGCGGGGCGACAAUCGCGACGACAAGGCUGCCGCGGUAGGGUGGUGGUAGAGCUCUGGAACAACCUUUAUGCUGGAACGAACGUACACAAACACACACUCAAACUAAGCAGCGAUUCGGGGGUUGUUCCCUUUUCCAAACAAAAGCCGUGCCUCGUUGGGCGAAAUAGAAGGAUACAAAUGAAUAUAUGAAAAACGUUCCCUUCUAUUGAUCGUGACGUGAUCGUGAAUUUUCUAUGUGUGUGUGUUGCCGUGAUACGAAACAGUGCGUGUGUGUAGAAACAGGUAGAAGGUUGAGGUCUGAAAGUGCGUGCAGAAGUAACAAGAAAACAGGUGACACAAGAGUGGAAAAAGAAGCGUGAUCGUGUGAUUUUUUUAUUAUUAUUAUUGUGUCCCCACUGUUCCGCGCACUCACAUUUGCACGGCCGGAAAACGUGUGUGUGUGUGUCUGUGUGUGAGUGUAUAUCGUCGCCGAUAAUAUUUAUGUUUUCACUUGCAUCCCGUGCGUGAAAAUGCUGCACGAGUGUUCGUAUGUAUGAGUGCGCAUUAGUGUACGUUUUACCCGUGACGACUAGAUGCAUUGUGCCGUGUGCGUGCGUCGUUCUAAACUGAAGGCGUUGUAGGUGUAUUAGUUCUACGUAGUACGGUGUGCAGUGCCGUCAAGAAUUAAAACACAAAUAAAGGAGGGGCAAAAGUGCAAAAAAAAAACAACGAAAACAGUGAUAAGUUUAAACCUGUUUUUACAAGAAAUUACUCUAAUUACUCUCUGCGUGCGUGUGUGUGUGUUUCUGGUGUGUGGAACCUUAAUUUGUGUUUACUGCGUUGGUGAGCGUCAGUGUACGUGUACGUGUGUUUAUGUGUAUGUAAAAAGUCUUCCGCAAACAAACAAAAACAAACGGAUAACAAAGGUGCGUAUCCUCUUGUGGUGUAGAUUGUGGUACUUUACAAUCACCAACAAAAAAACCCCGUGUAGUGUGUGCCUGCUAUUGUUUUUGUAAGACAUAAUUUGUACAUUUGUCUGUUUGUGUGCGUGAAUUAAACGAUUAAACACAUAAGCACAGCAUCUCGCACGUGUGUAAGCUCAGGAAAGGAGAUCAAAACCAUCUCCCAUCCCCCUUUUUCCUGUGGAAUAGCAUGCAAAUAGAUCGUAAAGGUGGCUGGCGUAUCAGCGACCACGGAGCGACUUACAGCUCCCCCCGCGCCUCCACAGGGCCCUUCGCCCCUUCAGCUCUUAGAUGAGUCUCACAUGUCAAUUGCUGCGGCUGAAAAUGCAGGGCUUGGCCCAUGUGAACUACCACUGCCGGACCAGUGGCUUGUGCAUACACAACUGUCGCAGUCAACGCAAUCGUCUCAAGCAUCGUUCUACGCCGCGUCGCAAUCCGGUGGCCAAAGUUUGGGUGGACUCGGUGGACUGUCAACAGCCACAACACUGCCGAUACAGCAACAUUCCUCCAGUAGCAGUAACCAGCAGCACCAGCAGAAUCACCAGCAGCAGCAGCAGCAGCAGCCCCCGUCGCUGCCAUCUCAGUUGCAAAACCAAAUCACUGCCGGCGCAGUUACACCGGGAGCAGCUCCAGCAUCACAACUGCAGAGUCAGUCAAAAAUAAUGAAUGUCGUCGUACCAUCCGUGGCCUGUCCGCCUACCGCAUCGAAAAAGAUUCGCCGCAAACCAGACGCGAAGCAGCCACAGUCACAGAUAAACAAGUGCAACAACGAGAAACGUCGCCGAGAGCUUGAAAAUGAAUAUAUUGAACAACUUGGCGAGUUCCUGCAGAUCAAGCGGGAUAUGACCGCCUGCAAACCAGACAAAGCGGCAAUACUAAGUGAAGUUGUACGAACGUUUCGUCAUAUGCUAGAGCAAGGAAACCCGAAUCUCACUGGUUCGCGGUGUUCCAAAUGCUCGCCGGAUUGCUCCGCCUCCUGCAAACUGCACCCGGUGCAACAGGGCGAGGUGUCAUCCACUGAACCGCCACUACCGGAACCGUCGGUAAACGGCCACUCGCCGGAAAAGUCGGCCUACUUCGAGGCGGUGCAACACUACAUCUCGAACGUCGGCUGGGCCCUGCUCGAGAUCAACUCGGAGGGUGUGAUCGAAUGUGCCACGGAGAACGUCCGCGACGUACUGCACUACUCGCGCACGGAGCUCCACGGACAGUCUAUAUAUUCGUACCUGCAUACUGGUGAUCAUUCAAAGCUGAGUCCUAUUUUAAAUAAGAAUUCGUUUGAGCUAAACUGGGAUCAAAAUGAAAUGUUCUAUCAGACGCCAAAGCGUACCAUUCGUACUAAAAUCCGUUGGUUACUGAGGGCGCCCGAAGGAGCAAACGAAACAAUCGAGCAAAAGCAGCAGCGCUUGGAAAAGUACAAGGAUCUGCUAAUCAUCUCUGCUCCUGUAAAGGAUGAUACGGAGGAAUCGUCCUCGGUGCUCUGUCUAAUUACACUACCCGAGGACGACCAGGCAACCAUAGAAACCACCACCAUGCCACAAACGCUAGACGAGCAGCUAACACUGAAGCUGGAUACUAGCGGUAACAUUAUAGAUUAUAACUCAUCGACGCUAAGGAAACAGUUUGCAGGAAAUCUUACCAAAGAAAGCAUACGGUCAAUCUAUGACCUCUGCCACUAUCAGGACCGACCGCGGCUGAACGAGCACCUGGGCAAUGUCCGGUCGUCGAACGGUACGCCGCACGAGCUAACGUACCGGUUGCGCCUCGGCGGCCCGGACGUGUACGUGCACGUGAAAACGCAGUCCAAGCUGUUCCGCUGCACCAAACCAAACGAGACGGACUUCAUCAUGGCCAUCUGUACCGUGCUGACGGAGAACGAGGUCGCCAUGCUCUCGGCGGACAGUGGCGCGAUGGCGAUGGGUGUCGGCGGCAGCAGCAGUGGUGGCCUUAGUGCAGCAAUGAGCGGCAGUAACAUUAACAAUAACAAUGGCAACAGCAGCAGUAGCAGCAAUCCUACCUCAUCCUCCUCAUCCCUCGGUCUGCUGAUGCCGAGCACGAGCGGCGCUGUGACGGGCGGUGGCCUGAACGGUUCGAGCGAUGUCGUCGCCCGCCAUAUGGCCCAAAUCACGCAGGGCGUCAGCAACAUGGGCGGUCCGCUGAUGUCGAGUGUGCUGAACGGGGGCGGCGGCGGUACUGUUGGUACGGGAUCGAACGCGUCCGGCAUGCUCGGCGGUGGCGGCAUGACCGGUGGCAGCAUGAGUGUGGCCGGUGGCGGUAUGGCCGGCCCGGGCGGUACCACACCCGGGUCGGCGGGCGGCUCCGGACUGGGUGGUGGUGGUGGUAUGGGUGCAGGGGCCGGCGGCAUGGGCCCGUCCGCCGGCUCGAUGGGCUCGAUCGUAUCGCCGCGCAGCAAUCCCAACUCGUCCUCGCUGCUGUGCGGCCCCAACUCCGACAGCAGCAACUUCUUCAAUACGGAGUUCGAGCUCGACUUUCCACAUUCCACGUUCGACAUGGAGGCGGUCGGGGUCGGGUGGGACUCGCGGCCCGACUCGCGCACCAGCGUCACGCCGGUCAGCACACCGCGGCCGCCGUCGGUUAGUGCGUACAGCCCAGCCGCUGCCCCGAUGUGUGCGUCACCGAUGACGCCGUACUAUUCCGGCAGCACGAUGGGCGGAAUGCCCUCGCCCUCGAACAACAACAAUAACAACGGUGUGCCGGGGGGUGGUGGCGGUGGCAGCAGUGGUAGCAGUGGCGGUGGGCUCAUGAACCCAAGCCUUUCCUUAAACAACAACAAUAACAACACGAAUAAUAACAAUACGGGGACGCCGUUCGGCACGAACGCGUUUCAGUUCCCGUUCGAGGACAGCAAGGACAAGCUGCAGGAUUUGCAACAACAGCAGCAGCAGCAACAACAGCAGCAACACCACCAUCCCCAUAUGUCGCCAAUGCAACAGCAUCAGUCAGCGAUGUCGGCGCAGCAGCAGCAGAUGGUACAACGACAGCAACAUCACCAACAGCAGCAGCAGCAGCAGCAGCAACACCUACAGCAACAUCUGCAGCAGCAAAGUCAGCCACCGUCGAAUACGCACGAUUCGGAGCGGUUGCGGAAUCUGCUUACAACCAAACGACCUCACUCAAAUGCCUCAUCCUCAUCCGGUUUGGAUAUGGACCAUGACCAUCGGAAUCCGAAUCGAAUUCUAAAGGGCUUGCUAAAUUCGGAAGAAGAUAAGGAUACUAAUGGCAAUAAAUUAAGUACCGCAUCUCUUUCACAACGUAUACCUCAGUCAGUUAGAGCUUCAACGCAGGGUAGUAAUAACGGUGGUGGUGGUGGUGGUGGUGUUAGUGGGCUGGGAUUAGCAACCCGCGCAGGAAAUGAAACCAAUAAAUCCGGUAGCAAUAAUAUGCUAUUGCAGCUGCUCAACGACAAAAGUGAUGACGACGAAAGUGACGCCCGCAACCGACAAGGUCCGAGCGAACUUCUAAAGCAGCUGCAAAAGGUUAAAGAUGAGCCGAAGGAGCACAAUCCGCCGCCAUUGAACAACGAAGAACUCAUCCAGAUGCUACGGGUACAAAGCAACGAUCGCAAACGGCCAUCGACCGAGCCGGACGAGGGCGCCGCGGUCAAGCGCACGGACAACAGGCCGUCGAAGUUGCGCGAGCGCAACAAGAUGCUGGCCUCGCUGCUGGCCAACCCGGCCAAAGCGCCAAUGCCGAUGCAAACCGCAAUGCCGUUCAAUCGCAUCAUCCCGGACAUACCGAACUCGGGGCUGGCCCGCCAGCUCACGAACGUGUCGAGCUCGACGGCGCCGAAUCAGACGCUGAAUAACAACAAUCUUACAACUAGCAACAAUAAUCUAAAACAAGUACAACAGCUGAACCAAAUGCGCCUACAGCAGCAGCAGCAGCAACAGCAACAACAGCAGCAGCAGAUGCGCAAAUCAGCUAUGCCUUCUCAAUCACAGCAGCCUCCAACAUCCUCCGAUAUCUACCUCAACCAUCAGCAGCAGCAGCAGCACCAUCAUCAGCAACACCCCCAGACGCACCCGCAACACCUGCAGCAGCAUCAUGCGCAGCAGCUUCCGCAGCAGCAUCAUGCGCAAGCGUCGAUGCUGCAGCAGCAGCAGAUGUUGGCCGCCCAGCGGCAGCAGAACUUCUCGCCCGCCAUCCAGGACGCCGGCAUUGGGUCGGCCGGGGGCGGUUCGUUUGCCACGGCGACACCCGCUACCUCCACACAGCUCGUCUCCGAGUGGGACCCGGAGCUCAACGAAAUACUUAAUCACGUGAUCGAGAUUGCACCGGAAGGCGACUUUGCCGAAAGUGAACUCAACAGUAUCUUAGGCUUAAGUCCAAUUGAAUCAUCCACAUCGUCGGUUGUACCGUCACAGUCGUCCACCCAGCCAGACAUACACGAAAAGCUGGCGAUCAACGCGAUCCAGAAGUCGUUGAUGCAGUAUGAAAACGUUAGCUCACCAUUGCAACCGCAGCCCCAGCCCCAGUUCAGCGGCAGCCCACCGGCGUACCCGAUGCACUCGAUGGCGGGCGGAGCGAACAGCAGCGGCGCUGGUGCUGGUAGCAGUGGCGGUGGUGGUGGCGGCGGUGGCGGUGGUGGUAUGAGCGGCGUAGGUCCUACUGGCAGCGGUCCCGGCAGCUCCGGCGGUACGGGCGGUCCGGGCAUGAACUCUGGCAGCAGCGGCAUGCAAUCGUCACAGGCGGGGCCAAAUCAAAACUUUACCCCUCCACCAGUGUACACGCAGCGGAUGCGAAUACCGCAGGGGCAGCUGGGCGGCGGCAACAAUCCGGGUGUGCCGCAGAAUUUGCUUGCAAUGCAGAAGCUGCAGCAUCAGAGCCGCGAUCGGAUUUUGCAGGAGCAGCAGCGAACGCGGCUGCUGCAGCAGCAGCAGAAGCAGCAGAUGGUCGUUACGGUCAACUCGGCCGCGAACGCAGACCUUGGACCUCCGAACGUUACACUGACCCGUGCAAAUAACGUGCCGGAUUCGCAGCUCAGUCCCGGCUUCUCACCGAGCCUGAUGCAACAACAGCUCAGUCCAAGUCAAAGGACGCAACUUAGUCCGCAACAAGCAGGAUUCCAAGGCAACCCGUUCAACAACAAUCCAGGCCAUCGGUUAUCUCCCCAGCUGCAGCAGAUGGUGUCCGGGUUUGGCAACGCAGGUGGCAACGUCAACCAGCAGCUAUCACCGCGCCAGCCACCGUUCGGUGGCGGAGUCGGUGGCCCAGCGGUCAACCAGCCGAAUGUCGUCGUUCCGGGACAAUCGCCACAACAGCAACAGCAGCAGCAACAACAGCAACAACAACAGCAGCAACAGCAGUGGCAACAGAAUGCGAACGCAAGGCUCUCUAUCCAGCAGCAAAAUCCGAUGCUGAAUGCUCAGCUUUCGUCCGUGGGCGGAUUCAACCCUGCCGCGAACCGACAGUUCGUCGGUCCGCCCCAGCGGCAGCGCGGUACGCUCAACAGUCCCGGCACGCCCCGGCAGCAGCAGAACGCGUUCGGCGGAACCAUGGUCGACGGGGGUGGAUUCCCCGGGCCACCGAGCCCCUCGCCGGUCGGCGUGUCCGCACCGAACUUUGCCAAUCCCGUCUAUGCCAACCAGCAGAUGAGGCUCCAGCGGCAGGGCAGCGUGCCACCGCAGUCCACCCAGCACUUGCCAGGAUCGCCCCGUUCCGCGUACGGUGGACAUGGGCCCGGUCCGGACGCCACCGGUUACGGUAUGAUGUUCGGCAAUGCGGCAGCAAUGCAGCAGCACGCGGCGACCUCACCAGGCGAUUUCUUCAAUCGCAGUCAAACUGGUCUCAACGGUGGUCAUAAUAUCGGUGGUGGUGGUGGCAAUAGUAUUGGUGGAGGCGGCGGCGGCAACGGCGGAGGCGGAGGAGGAGGAAACGGACCCGGUCUAAGCAAUGGUACGAACGCACCCAACACCGGCCUAAACCAUUCGGAACUGGUGCGGCAGGAGCUGCGGGCCAUUGUGAGUGGCCGGGCGCAUCGGCCACCGUCGCACAGCCCGCACAUGGGCCUGUCGCCCCUCGGUGCCAUGUCCCUGCACGGCUGUGGCCCCGGUGAGGGCGGUGGUAGUAGUAAUGGUGGAAACCUUACCGGCUCCAACGCCACCAGCACCGUCGGCAGCAGCAACGGCACUUGCGGUGGUUCGCUUUCCAACGCGUCCUCGGCUAUGCUGGGCGGUAUCGGUGGUGGUGGUGGUGGUGGUGUUGGCGGUGGCGGCGGUAGUAAUGGGAGUGGAGGAACCGCACGAACAUCCAUGGCGGACGCUGGCACGUCCGGGGCGAUGCUUCACAGCGGGGGCUCGACCGCGGGGCUCGAUUCAUCGAUGCUGUACAAUUUCCAUCUCACCCAGAAAGAGUUUUUCGGAGGAAACACGAGUCGGUGACCCGAGAAAUUCAUCCCUUCUUCUGCAAAAGCUUCUAUCGGACUAAAGUGAGCUGACGGCGGCGGUAGCGGCGGCGGCGGUGACACCGGACUCUAGCAGCAAAAACAGCGAUCACCUUCUUCCGCUCAUUGUCGCGGCAUAGCAAAACACGGCGACCUAGCUAUGAGCUAGCGGCGGCAAAUGUGCUUUAUGCUGUAAAGUUGCAGGAGCGAAACAAAAAGACAAAGCUCUCGUUGUGCGAACACCGCCGACCGGGGCGACUAGGUCGUCCUCUCGCACCCUGCUCCCCUUCACCGAGAAUCGUGCAUGCGUGGAGUUGGUAGCGGGCAGUAAAAAAUACCCCCCGUCUAACCUCUCCUCCAGCGUAUGUGCUCCAUAGAAAACUUACCUUGCAAGUGUACUGAAAAAAAAUGGCUCCUCUCCGGUGGUGGAUUCUGUGUGCGGUGAUGAUGGUGACGAGGCACAGAAGUUGGCGAUUACGCGCAUGUGAGGCGCGUUUGCCGCGGGCGCAACACCGGACGAGCAUAAGCAACAAAUGAUACAACCGAUUUGUGAUUUGAUGUUGAAAACAAAAAUAAAAUUAGCCGUAUAGAGAGUGCAGGCAAAAACAAAACAUGCAGGUGAUAUAUGUGCAUGUAAAAAAUAGAAGCAUACAAAGUAGUAACAAAAUAACAUGGAAACAAUGGGAAAAGGGAUAGUUGGUAGGCGCAGUUGCGCGAAAAAGCGCAGAAGAAAAGAACACGUUACGAGUAAUUGCUAUCGUAUUCUAGCGUUAAAGUGUACAUAAUAACCCGUAUCUAUUAUAUAUAUAUAUAUAUAUAUAUAUACAUAUGUAUGUUACACAAACAAACAGUAAGCUAAGUCACAUGUAAAAAAAGGAAAGAUAAAAAAAAGUUAUUGUUUUGUAGCACAGAAGCAUGUGUUGCGUAUUUGGCGUACAACAUAUAGCAUAGGAGAGCGCAUAACAUUGGCCGAAUGUGGACCGUGCUCUAAGCUAAGCCGCUCGGCUAAACCGGGGAAUGUGCUAACGCAGCGAAGAAGAUCGCGCGCCCGAGGGGAAGGACGGAAAACAAAAAAAUAAUGAAUGGAAAUAGAAAUACCUCUAACUUUAGUUCAAAGUAAAAGUUACAACACAUAAAGAAGCUUACUACAGCAUGGAAAGUAACGUGCAUACAAAAAAAAAAAAACAGUAAACACCUUUGAACUUAAUGAAACACCGCUACAUGUAAAAAAAAAAAACAAACAAAAAGGAUUAGGAAAAUGUUUUGCAAACAACAAACAACACAGCACUAACGCGCAUGGUGGGUGUUACUAAACGAUAUAAACCUACGGGCAAAUAAACCUCUCGGCAGCGCACCGCGGACACAGGAGCAGAACAUAAUCGAAACCAAAACAUUGAAGAAAACCACAGUUUGCAGUGUUAUUAGAGCAACAGGAAGGCUAAAGCAUGAAGAUUACAAUUUACAAAGAGCAAGCGCCUCUAGCACAGAUACAAUGGCAUACAUAGAGAAUCCAUUUCUCCGCGGCAUACCCAUUAAUCGGUUUCGGGAUGUAACGACGAGGGAUGAGGUGGCAAUAGUGAUCAUCGGACCUCGGAAAAAAAGUUUCAAAAACAUAACAACACACAGGAAGAGAGGAAAAAGAUGACCAAAUAUUGUGAAAAAGGAGGCGAUUGAAAGGAAGGAUGAUAUAGUGCAGCAACAAAACAUCUUCUGAAAAUACACACUUACCCCCAGGCAAACACACACACUCACACACCGCUCAGCCCGGUCGGUGAAGAAACAAACGUUCGUGAACUGUGAUAAUUUCUACUAUUUUUUCGAUACCACGAACCCUUCCCGGUACCGUGGUGUGGUGUGCUGCGAUAAGAAGCAGAGCAAGUAAUACAUGCAUGCAUUAUUGUUUGUUUUUAAUUCUUUACCAACCAAUUACGCCAAGGUUUGUGUGUGUGUAUACCCUUUUUUGCGGAAGUAACAUCAUCCCCUUCCCUGUGUUUGGCAUUUGUUGGUGUUAGUUGGGCCACAUUAUCCCGCGGGCGCGUCCCAGCAUGUGUUGUGCUUUUACAAGUAUGCUUCACCGUGUUGUUGCUUUGUUUUUGUGUUGUGUGAAAUUGGUUGUAAAACGAAUACAAUCACACCAAACAGGAUUAAACAUGCUAAACAAUAGAUUGUUUGCCAUUUUUUAAAGCCUUUCUCGCCUCCACUCGCGUUCGUCAUUAGUAUGUGUGUGUGUCGAUCGCUACGGAGGAUUAUGGAUAUUCGCGAAAUUGUUUUGCUUGUUUCCCAAGAGGGCAUCAUGUUCAUUGCUUGUUCCCGUUGAAAUGUCAUAUGGAUUGUUUUGGGGCAUAAGGGGCACAAUUUGCAAAAACAUCUGUAAAGCUUGCUGCCGCUGAAAGAGGGAGCAAAGUUUGCGCAAAGUGAUCCGUUAGGUGUAAAUACAAGAUGCGUACAGAGAUGAGUUGUGUAAAAGUUGUACAAGUUUUUACUCCGUCAGUUUUCUUUUUUUUAUUGUUUAAGGUUAAUGAUCAUCAGGACAAAACUUGGGAAUCCUCUUCCUGAUGGCUCCUUUUUGUUCGUUAUAUAGCUCGGGUUUGGAAUUGGCAAAGCUUAACAUACUAUAGGGUUAGGAAAGUUAAAUCAAACAACAAAGAAAACAAAACCACUCACAGCAGCAACACGCUUAUGCAAAGAUACACACAUUUCUAAGCUCAAUGUAUAUUCUUGUUCUUACUAAAGUCUGUAUGUCUGUGUGUGUGUGUAUGCUGAACCUGCUCCAUUUUAUAAUUUGUUAUUUUAUACUAAUUUUUUGUGUUGACACGGUUCACGUUUCUUGUUUCGGAGGUCCAUACAAAUCCAAUCCAGGUAUUGAUAUUUUAACAACAAGUCCCCAACAAACAGUCUGCAUCUCUUACACUUCGUGAUAAUACCGGUAAAUGUGCUUUGUGUUUAUGUGUUUCUUUUCGUUUCCACUGUUUUUUUUAUGUUGUAAAUAUUGUUUUCUUUUGUUUUUAUUUGUGAUUCCACACUUAACUGCUAGUAGCCCCCGCGCGUGUACAACGCUUAGCAAGUCCAAAGUUUUAAUUCAGUUUCAUUCUGUUCAAUAUUCUUCAUUCCUUGUUGCUGAAUAGCUUCAUCAUAACACACAAACACACUCACUCACUCUUACAGUUUAUGUUGUUGCAAAGACACGCCCUAUAUACCGAAAGAAGUGCGCAAAGAGUUCGAUUAAAAAGCCAAUCUGGAUUAUUACACAAUUACGUUUACUAUUGUCACUAGAGCUGUAAUUAUUAUUAUUAUUAUUAUUAUUAUUAUUAUUAUUAUUAUUAUUGUCUUAAUUACUAUUAAUAAUAUUAUUUUCUAUUGAAAUAAACUAUAAUAAUUCUGAUUAUUAUUAUUAUUAUUAUUAAUAUUAUUAUUAUUAUUGCUAUUCAAUUAUACGAUUUACACGUUGAGGUUUAGUUUUACUAUUAUUUGUGUUUUAUGAAAAGGAUGAACGGGAAUGAACGUUUUGUCCCCAAGAGUGAUGGAACGAAAGCAGAGAGAGGGAAGUUCAGUUGUUGUGCGUUCCGAAGCGAUAAGUUAUUGAAAAGCAAAGAAAGGAUCGCAGAAAAACAAAACAAAAACAAAAAUACAGCAAAUAAAUUUAGCAAGUUGUGAAACAAACAAACUUAAAAGAAGUUAAUAGCAUUCGGAAAUUUCAUCAGAACAAUGAUAUAUCAAACAUGCUAAGUUGAAGUGGAAAGUAAAACAAAAACAAGUAAAAUAAAACAACAUGAACACAAAACUCAAGAAACAAUAACGCGCCCGGAGAAAACAGAGAAAUGUCGAAGGAGAAUAUAUUAUUUGUUAUUAAUUAUUGAAAAAUAAAAACAAAAAAUAUUGUACUU